CUUCGUCCUUCGCAUCGCCAUCCUAACAGGUUGCUUGUAAAACGUUACAAUUGUACAUUUUGUAAAGGAACUGCAGUUGGCUUAUGUUUUAUUUUACCUUACAACGUAUCAAUUUUAAACUUUAACUAUAAUAAUACUUUAAAAUGAAGUCAUCAAUGAAAAUAUUUCGUUAUUAAAUCUAGCUUUUGCUUGUAAAUAGUAACUUAAGGCUUUGCAAUAUGUGUGAAAUCGUAAACCGUGAACUCACCAAUAAACCAAUCUGUAAUGAUUUGAAAACUAUAAUAGAAUUUCAAAGUAAAGUCGUACUUCCCAAGGCGACCUGCAACUUCCCUCAUUAUUCGUCCUUCGAAGAGAGGAUGAAAUCGUUUGAUAGCUGGCCAAAAUCUAUGAAAAUGAAACCAGCUGCUCUGAGUGAAGCUGGAUUUUUUUAUUUAGGCCAUGACGAUCGGGCUGUCUGUUUCUACUGCGGAGGUGGAUUAAAUGAAUGGAAAGAAUUCGACGAUCCUUGGGUCGAGCACGCUUAUUGGUUUCCCAAAUGUAAAUUUGUGUUGAGCGAAAAAGGGAAAGAGUUUAUUGAUAAAGCUGUUGAGAGAAAGGCAGAAAUAAUCGCAGUUCAGAAUUCUGAAACGAUCGUUAGUGCGAUUGAUGAAAUUAUGGAUUUAAUUCAUUUGAAAAAAAAGAAACCAGUGGUCAGACCCAAGACCAAAGUGAUUCCUGCUCUUCGUUCGGACUCCAGAAGAAAGGAAGCUCAGGUGGAUGCAGAUUCUGAAAAAAAUAAUGAUCAGAAUAGUCAGCCAUCCUUGCUUUGUAAAAUUUGCUCUUUGGAGGAAAAGAACGUGUUAUUCAUUCCCUGUAAACACGUAGCGGUCUGUAUGAAGUGUUCCGUGCCUUUAUCAUCCUGUCCGGUUUGUGAAAAAACUAUUGCAGAUACUUUACGAAUAUACAAUUCUUAAUUUCAUUUA